AUGCCUGCCAAGAACGAAUUUCUCUGCAUCCUCCCGGACAAGCCGGGCAUGAUGGCCAAGCGACUGGAAGUUCGCCCUCAACACCUGGAAGGAGUCAAGCCCCUCGUCGAAGCCGGCUCUGUGGUUGCGGGAGGCGCAAUGCUCGACAAGCACCCCGCAGAAGGCGAAUCCAUGUCCUUCCAAGGAAGCAUGAUGAUGGUUUUGGCGGAGACCAAGGAGGAAGCCGAGGCGCUCCUCAGGAAUGAUAUCUACACGAAGAGUGGAGUGUGGGACAUGGACAAGGCGCAGAUUAUUCCGUUCAAGUCUGCCGUUCGGUUGGCAUUGUAG